CUGUGCUUGUUUCUGGGAAAUCAGCUACUAAGGGGAAAAGGAAACAAACAAAAGAUGAAAAUGACAAUCCCACUGAUGAGCUGUUCACUCGGAGGACACAGCUCAGAGGGCCCCCUAUCAGCUGUGGGGCCAGAGCUCACCAGAGAGAGGCACAGCUGACACCUGCAGUCACCUUCCACUCCAGAGAUGAUAAAGAAGAUCAGCUUCCCGGUGGCUCUGGGGCUGGCAUUCCUGGGGGCUUUAUCAGGGCAGAAGCUGCUUUGCCAGGAAGAUGAAACUGUCACAGAGGGAAAGAAACGCGCAGAGGAGGAGAGAGCCACAAGGAAAACAAAGCCCAGGCCUGGACCGACUCCUGGGCACCAAAGGCAAGCGGCAAACUGCAAGUGCAUCCUGACUGGCUUGUGGAGGAAUGAGCUGGGCUCCCAGAUGCAGAUACAGCAAGUGAACGGGGACGGCACCUUCUCUGGCAAGUACCACACGGCUGUGUCGCUCGCUCAGAGACCCAUCCAACCCGCAUCCCUCAACGGGUCCCAGCACUUCGACGAGGCGGGGCAGCCGACGUUUGGCUUCACUGUCAACUGGAAAAGCUUCUCAGACUCAACCACUGUCUUCACGGGCCAGUGCUUUGUGGACGAGAACGGGAAGGAAAUUCUGGAAACCAUGUGGCUGCUGCGAGAGAAGGCCAAAGCCCCAAAUGGCUGGGAAGCGACCAGGGUCGGCACAAACGUUUUCACCCGGAUCAACGGGCAGAACGUGGGAGAAUCCGUGAGGAGCGACCUGUGACCUGUGACCCCAGCAGCACCGUGACCCCACUCUGCAGCCCCAGGGCUCCUGGCCCUCCCUCCCCCGAAUCUCUCGAGAGCGUCUCGCCCGGCCUCAGGGCUGUUUGCUGGGCUGCAGAGGCGCCGUCUCUGUCUCCAUCUCCCCUCGCUCUCCGGUUACACCCCCAGAAUCGCUGCCCGCGCCCCCCACGCUGCAGUUUAGUUCCUUUCCCAGUAAAGCUCUAGCGCAGGAGGCAAA